CUGGUCAAUUGCUGAAGGAUGAUGAUCUUCUCGUUCUAUUUAAAGCAACUGCAAGCUUCUCAAUAUCAACCUUUUUCAAGAGUCUCACCGUCUUCAUAGUCCGCAGAGUAUCUUCUCCAGAGAUCAUUCUCCCAUAUUUACGGGGAGUUCCAUCUCCCAUAUCCGGCGGUUGCGGUGGGCGACGGCGGAGGAGGCGGACGGCUUGGGUGAAGAAAAGGAGACGCGGAGAGCCGGUUAAAACGUUCGGCGAUCCCCGAGUCCGCAGCCCUUGAUCCGAACCGGAUUCCAUGUGACUCAUGAGCCAGAUUGAUCAAUUUAAACGGGUCGGAUUCGUGUCGAGUUGGGCUGACCCAAUGGAUUGGUUUGAGAUCGAUAGGAAUGGCAGUCCAAGUCGUCUCAAUCCUCAAUUUUGUCGGACUCGGGCGUACAGGAGACCAUGUAUCCGCCACGUCUCUUCGUUACCCGACCCACGUGGCACACCGUCCCCACCACGUGCCCUCCUGAUUCUUCCCGACGAUUAUGCAUGGCGAUUCCCAGACUCGCUAAAGGCUGCCUCCUCCCCUCUCCGGAGACUUCCCCACCUCCCUAUAUUAGUCCCUCGGCCAGCGCUCUUCUCGCUCGCCUCAGAAGCCAGGUGUUGAUGAGAGGGAUGGAAUUUAUGAUGGGGAUGGAGAACGAUCCCCUGAUCGCCACCAUCCACCAUCUGAUGGACUUCCCGGAGGAGGUGGAGAAGGUGGUGAGCACCCCCGCCCGCGCCUACGUCCGUGACCGCAAGGCCAUGGCCUCCACCCCGGCGGACGUCAAGGAGGUGCCCGGCGCGCUGGUGUUCGAAAUCGACAUGCCCGGGGCCAAGACCGGAGAGAUCAAGGUGCAGGUGGAGGACGACCACACCCUGGUCGUCAGCGGGGAGCGGCGCCGGGCGGAGGACAAGGAAGCCAAGUACCAGCGCAUGGAGCGGCGCAUGGGGAAGUUCAUGCGCAAGUUCCCGCUGCCGGAGGACGCCAACCUCGAAGCCAUCACAGCGUGCUUCCAGGAGGGGGUGCUCACCGUCAGGGUGGAGAAGAAGCCACCGCCGGAGCCGAAGAAGGCCAAGACCAUCGAGGUCAAGGUUGGGGGCUCAUCCGAAGGCUAGGACCAGAUGCAUGGGGUGUAGUAUACGACAUGCAUCGAGGUGUGGUAAGUAUAGAAUAUACGUGUUGGUGUGCUGGUGUGUUGUAUUAGGUAGGUGUUACGUAGUUAUUAAGUAAGCAAAAUGUGAAGUCUUCUACGCGACUCGAGUAAAUAUACGUGCCAUAUCCUCUGGAUAAUGUCCACUGGAACAAA